AUGGUUCUUCCCCAAAGUACCAAGGAAGAGAACUGCUAUAAACCAACACACUAUCAACUAAGGCUACUCCAAAUGGUUUCCUCAUCAGCGCUGUCAUCUGCUGUUUCCUCUUCAACAGAUUUUGAUUCUUCUUGUGUAUCGCUUGACAAUAGAUUACAAAGAGCAGUUACACCAACUAAGCAACCUGACCAUCCGCUUAUAAAUGAUGAUGAAAGGCCUCAAACUUCGAAUAGCAAUUACUGGAAAGCUAAGGCAUUGGGAAAAUGGAGACGUAGUAGUUUUUCGUCCCCAAAAAAAUCUAGGGAUGUUAGGCACUUGAAUGUUCCAUCUUCGAGAGGAUCAGCAAAUGAAAUCUCUGAUAAGGAAAACGUUUCCCCCAAGAAAGAUCCCAGGCCUGGUCCAGUUGCUUAUGAAGGUAAGAAUGUAUAUUGGGAGGAACAAUCCGUCUAUUAUGAUGCUGAGGAAGACAAUGCAAAGUUUGAACCAGGCAUUGUUGAGAAAAUAAAGCUAAGAAAGAACAUUGCAUAUCAAAACAAGUUGAACAAACUUUCCGCAAACUCACCGGUCCAAUUAUUAUAUCAAUCAUGGAAGGAAACGAGAGGUUAUUCCAAUUCAGUCUCUGUUUUCUGGAAUCAUAUGAAAUUUUAUUUUAAAACCCAGCUCGAUAAAGAUGAUUAUGUAUCAUUCAACCCCAAUCAGUAUACUAUUUCGGAAGAAUACGAAGACCUUUCCAGCUUCGAAUCAUUUGGAAAAGCCAUUUCAUUGGAUAUGAAAGAGAUAACCCCAGACUGGCGGAAAUUUCUACCUUCCCCACCAAGCAGUUCGGGCAGUAAGGAAACAAGACCUGCUGGUGCUGAGAAGGUGUCAUUUGGUCCUCGACGGAAAUUCGAGAUUCAAGAAUUCGAUUCCGAGGCUCCAGCCACCGCUUGCUCUCGAGGAGGAAGUGAGAAGCCGAACACUCCAAUAAGCAAGGGAUCUCUAAAACCAUCAUCUAGGCAUUCACUUGAAGACGAGAAGUAUUGUUACAGGCAAACUACCGAAGCAGUGGCAUAUCCACACGAUUGUAUAAAAGGCUUGGUAUACAAGCUCUAUAAUAUUGUAGGAUAUGAUACCGAAUUGGCCGACGUUAACGAUCUUGCAUUUAAUUUAGAGGUUUUAGCUGCAUGCAUUGCUAGUAAUAAUAAGAAAAUUAUGAAAAGAAUGGUGGAUAAGAACAAGGAGACAGCUUUCCUACGCAAUAGCAUUCGUGACCUGUGUCAUCAAAUAAACGAACUGCAGGUCACUGUCGAAGAAUUGGAUUGCAAGGUUUAUCAAUUAAGUGAAAAGUUAACGAAAGAGAAAAAGACUUACACACGUAAAGUAAAAAGCCUACAAGAAGAACUAGCAUACUUUAAGCAUUUCACAGAGAGUAGUUUUACUUCAAUAAUUGAAAAGCAGUCUGAAUUAAUUGCUGACAUGAACCGAUUUUUUAAAGAGUCAAAUUAUGCGAGUUGGGAUGCUGACACUCAAGCUGUCUUGAGAUCAUUUGCGACAGCAAUAGACACUAGAAUUGGCGAGUUUGGAGUAUUUCACGAGAUGAAUAAAGAAUUGAUCAUUGAAAAUGAAAGGUUGAGAAAAGAGUUAAACGGUUACAAGGACUCUCCACAUUUAGAAAGAGAGUGUCAGCGUUUAAUCGCUGCUAUGGAGGAGAAAAAUGAAUCUAUCGAACAAUUAAACAAGGUAAAGGAAAGUUAUAGCGAACUUUUAGGUAAAAAAGCAGCAAUGCAAAAGGAAAUAGAAGUGUUGCGUGAGCACGCUGAGGAUUUAGAACGUAAAAUGAGUAGCUUGGAGGAAGCUCAUAAAAACGAAUUAAAAGAGGUUACAAAAAUGUCAGUAAAUCAACAAUGUAAGACGCUUGGAUUUUUUGAUGAGCAGCUACAUCAGGAUGAAUUACAUAGUUUAGAGGUCCAAGUAUUGGAAGCCCAAGAUAAGCUUUUAAUGUCUGCGGAGGAGAUUGCUGAACUACACGAGAAAAUUGCAAGCAUAGAGGAGGACAAAAACGCUAUAGAAGAUGAAAAGAAAGAGUUGGUUGAAAGCAUGAUGACAGCUAAAACUGAAUAUCAGCAAAGAGAAAUGGAACAGGUUGCUAUGUCUGAGAAAUUGGCGCUGGAGUCAGAACUUAAAUCUCAAAUAUUAAACAAGUGCCUACAAAUCAUCAAUAGAUAUCAGUUUGAACUCCAAACUUAUACAUGCGAGAAGAAGCGCGAUAAGUUCCGGACCGCCAUACAUUAUUUUACUAGACGCCAGAGGGAUCUUAAAGAUAUUUCCGAGUGGAUUGAAAAUGAAGUACUAAAACAGUUGAAUUCGUCGAUUUCUUCCCCGAUAUUUGAAAACGAGGAUGAAUCUCCAGCAUCCUCUCCUAAUACAGAUUAUUGUACUCAGAGCUCUUCUAUUUAUUCAACUAUGCAUGAUAAUCAGACCACCGCAACAAUUACAAACCAAUGCGCUUCAAUCCCAGCUCUUCUCACCAACCUAAACCUUCAACAACACAAGGACAUUAAAAUAAGCAAUAACGAUCUUCAGACCCCUCCCGAAGGUAAAAUCCAAGAGCCAGAAGAAGCAGGAGAGGUUUCUGAAGAGGGUUCAAUGCUAACUGUAGAGGUAUCAUCGGGAUUUGUCGAAACCACAGAAAACUUUGACAUGGCCGCAGACAAUGGGCAGGAAACUGAAGCUACAACUCAACCUCCAUCAACAUUUAGGUAUGGAAUAGAUGGUGCAGGAGCACGGAAGGUGAGUCAGCUAAUGAAGAGGAGAAACUCGUCGGGACAAAGCAAUAAGUUUAACCCAACAUCAUCUCCUCUUUUAAAAUUGUCGGAAAACUCCGACAAGCGGGCAUUCACUGAUGGCACUAACACCGAAAAGAACGCACCAACAAGAUUCAUUGAACUAAUAUCUUCGGAUGAUGAAACAUUUUAA